UUCAGAGAAGUCUCCCCUAACUUGCUGCUGUCUUUUUCUCCUACGACAGUGCCCUAUGCCCAGAGGAAGAAAAUGUCCAACGGCAGCUCCAUCACCGAAUUCCUCCUCCUGGCAUUUGCAGACACACGACAGCUGCAGCUCUUGCACUUCUGGCUCUUCCUGGGCAUCUACCUUGCUGCUCUCCUGGGCAAUGGCCUGAUCCUCACAGCGGUAGUCUGUGACCACCACCUCCACAGCCCCAUGUACUUCCUCCUCCUCAACCUCUCCCUCCUCGACCUGGGCUCCAUCUCCACCACUGUCCCCAAAGCCAUGGCCAAUUCCCUCUGGGACAACAGGGCCAUCUCCUACUCGGGAUGUGCUUCACAGGUCUUUUUCUUUUUCUUUUCUAUAUCAGCAGAGUUUUAUCUUCUCACUGUCAUGUCCUAUGACCACUACGUUGCCAUCUGCAGACCCCUGCACUACGGGACCCUCCUGGGCAGCAGAGCUUGUGUCCACAUGGCAGCAGCUGCCUGGGGCAGUGGGUUUCUCCAUGCUGUGCUGCACACAGCCAGUACAUUUUCACUACCACUCUGCAAGGGCAAUGCUGUGGACCAGUUCUUUUGUGAAAUCCCCCAGAUCCUCAAGCUCUCCUGCUCAGAUGCCUACCUCAGGGAAGUUGGGCUUCUUGUGCUUAGUGCCUGUUUAGUGUUUGGGUGUUUUGUUUUCAUUGUGCUGUCCUAUGGGCAGAUCUUCAGGGCCGUGCUGAGGAUCCCCUCUGAGCAGGGACAGCACAAAGCCUUUUCAAUGUGCCUCCCUCACCUGGCUGUGGUCUCCCUGUUUGUCAGCACUGGCAUGUUUGCCUGCCUGAAGCCCCCGUCCAUCUCCUCCCCAUCCCUGGAUCUAGUGGUGUCAUUCCUGUACUCGGUGGUGCCUCCAGCAGUGAACCCCCUCCUCUACAGCAUGAGGAACCAGGAGCUCAAAAACGCACUGAAGAAGCUGAUUCAGUCAGCUGUUUCUCAGCAGCAUUAA